GCGGAAGAGCAGAAGCCCACCGGCCGCAGACAUGGAGGGGCCGGAAGCCGGGGUGCGAGCCCCAGCGCUUCAGGUCCUGGCCAAGCUGGCAGACAUCGUGGAGCCCAUCGGCCGGCAAGAAGAGGCAGAGCUGCCGGCCCAGAUCCUGGCGGAGUUUGUGAUGGACUCCCGGAAGAAGGACAAGCUGCUCUGCAGCCAGCUUCAGGUAGUAGACUUCCUGCAGAACUUCUUGGCUCAGGAGGAUGUUGUCCAGGGACUAGACCCCUUGGCUUCUGAAGACACCAGCCGGCAGAAGGCACUUGCAGCCAAGGAGCAAUGGAAAGAGCUGAAGGCCUCCUACCAGGAGCAUGUGGAAGCCAUCACAGGUGCCCUGACCCAGGCUUUGCCCACAAUGGUGGAGGCCCAGAGGAAGCGGGCGCAGCUCCUCGGAGCCCUGGAAGAGCUCCAGGCCAAGAAGCGAGUGGCCACGGAGAGACUGAGAACAGCCCAGAAGCAGUGGCAGCUGCAACAGGAGAAGCAUCUGCAGCAUCUGGCAGAAGCCUCUGCAGAGGUGAGGCAGCGGCAGAGAGGAGCUCAGCAGGAGCUUGUGCAACUGUCUCAGGAGCUUGGAAGUCUGCAACAGCAGGCGGGGCAGAAGAGGGACACACUUCACAGGCACCAGACCUUCCUCCAGCUGUUAUACACUCUGCAGGGGCAGCUGCCGUUUCCCGAGGCAGAGACAGAGCUGCCACAGAUGCUGGAUCUUUCUAAGGAUAAGCCACAGACACAGAACCCUGGGGAUACCAUAGGGGAAGACAGGAGUAUGCCAUCCAAGGCUGAUGGCCCACAGCCUGCUGGAGAUCCGAGCUCACCUGGGCUUCCUGAGGGACAACAACAUGGGAAAGGAACCUAGAGCAGGUCAGACUCUGGACUCUGGUGUCCCUGGACUGUAGCAAGUGUUCUCUCUCACUUUUGCAUUGAUACAUGUAUAUGAUUGCAUCACUAAAAUCAGUGCUUAGUGGAUAUCACUGAUCUUGCCAUGCAUGAUUAAAGCACAUGAAAGCACAUGUCUUAGUCCAGAGAGUGAUGACCCUGCUUUUGAGAAGCAUGGAUUCAUGUUCCAAACCUGGUAAUAAACAACACUUGUAUUUUUGUGACUCAGUUGUCUUAUCUGUAAAAUGAGAAUGUUAAAAUAAAUGCUGUUUAAAUGCUAUUUUAUAUCUACUUCUCUGUUUCUGUAAUGUAGGUAGUAAUUUAAAUUUUGAAACAAUGUAAGUGAGUGCAAGAAUAUUUUUAUAUGUACCUAUUCAGGAGUAUACCUACCUGAAACACUUUGGAUUAGGUCAAUAGGUAGCCUUUACAAAAAUAGUGAAGAGGGCACUGGGAUAAAUUAUUGGGACCUAAAAAAAACAGAUCAGACUCUAAAAUCAACAUGUGCCUGCCCCAGCCUUUCAGAGAAUGUUGUAGGUUGUCUGUGAACCUUACCCUGGGGGUAAAAUAGAACACAUUGCUGGAUAUUUUCCGGGAGGAAAGAUCUUUGCGAGAAUAACGGUGUGUGAUACACCCCCAAUACCCUUUGAUUUUGUCCUAGGAGAAUAUGGUUCAAGUUUUUUAAUAAAAGGGGUUAUAAGAAUAUGACAGAAAAAGCCUACCCUUGCUGAAAUA